AUGGCGAUCGAGUUCCCAGGGGAAACCAAGGUGUGUACUUUUCUGUACAACGCCGGUGGGCCCGGCCUCCUGCGGCAGUCAAUUUCAAAUUGAAAGGCGCAGGCGGGACACUGUUGGCGCAUUUCUCGUUUCUUGUACAGAAAAAAGUUUCGAUGGAUUGCAAAAUUCAGGAAUGAAAUUUUUCAAAAAAACUUUUCGCCCUUAUCGAUAAAGAAGAAUUUUGUCUGGCGAAUGAGCUCAACGGCUCAACUAGAAACUUAAAAUUAGCGAAUUUGAUGCGAAAACCCCGAAAAUAGUGGAAAAGUCUGUCGGAAACCGAUCUCCGCUGAGAAAUCUCAUGUUUUUGUGUUCAAAUACAAUUAUUAUUUCUGGCGCAACUUUCACAAUCCACCUUUUUCAUUUUUGGAACUGAAGUACUAUCAAAUUAAUAUUGUUGCGUCCGGCCGCAACGCGACUGCUACGCGUCCCAAAAGGCCACGUCCUCUUUUUCUCUUCCAAUGAAAAGUCCGCAAACACGCGGGAAGAGAAAAAAGGCGUGGCCUUUUGGGACGCGUAGCGGUCGGACGCCGGAGGCAAGAAUAUUAAUUUGAUAGUAGCACAAUGCAAGGCAAAACCCGAAAUUUCAGUCUUUCGGUAUCGGGGAAUGCGCAAGCACCGGGAACGCGCUUCCGUUUUCAUAUUGACUGCCCAGGAGACUGUGCCGCGUACAAAAAUAAGAGACCGUGUAAAAAAAAGCGGAAACAACAUUGUUUCCGACAUACUGUUGAAAUAAAAACGGUGCGACAUUGGAAUCGGAGUUGGCAUCGAGCCAAGGUCACGCCUCCCAAAUAGAAUGAACGAGUUUCAGUAGAAACUGUUUGGGAGGCGUGACCUUGGCACGCUGCCAGAUUCGAUUCCAAUGUCGCACCGUUUUUAUUUUAACAGUAAUGACAUCCGACGUUAAAGUUGUUUUUAUUUAGUUUCUCACUGUGUCUGAAAAACAAGUGCAGAUCGAUUUUGUUUCGUGACAGUUCUGAUCCAAAAGAUGAAAACAUUUGAAUUACUUAGGUCACUAGAGUUUAAUUUUCAGAUGGGGAGCAAUACGGAUGACCGUUGUCUCGACCCAAAUGUCGACUGUGUGAUCACAAGAAUUUCUUGUGAUCUUCUAGGCAUCAGCAACAUCGAUUCAUCUGUUAUUUCACUGACUGAACACAUUGUAAUGAAACAGUUUGUAGUCACACGUGAGAAGUUUUUCAUUGUUUUUAAGGCACGCGAAUCGUUGAAGGGAACUAUCCGAUUAACGCGUAACUGGUCAAGAAAAGGUGCAAGAAAACAUUUAACCAUCUCCGAUAUAGAGAACGCGAUCAGGAUAAUGCAAAAUACAGGGAACCUGGAUGUUCCUUCAGUCGAUACCUUAAAUUAUGGAAUAGAUCAACUUAUACCCGUUAAUGGAUCAUUGAGUCUUUUCUCAUUUCCAAACGGAGAUAUAGACGUGGACAGAGAAGAUGCAGAGACUUACAGCUUGAUUCCAAGGGAUCUAAAGUUAUUAUGUAACAAUCCCAGUCUAUAUUAAAGCUGAUAUUCAACGGAUGUUGCAGCGUAUAUGCUCGUCGUCAAUGGGCAUCCUGCUACAUCAGAUUUUUCACUAAACUUAGAUGAUGAUGAGAAUGGGCUGUUUGAAAGACAUUGUUGUGUAACAGAAAUCGACCUGAGAACUAAAUGUGUUGAAGUGUAAGGUUUCAAUUCUCAUCAAUAAUCGGGAACUUAACGUUUUUUUAAUUCUAGUGCUCCGAUUCCUAUUCGACAGUCGUGUGUGACUCUGUUCCAGGAUGCUUCGAAAUUUGCAAAAUGCGAUCAAAAAGUCGGCCUGAAACCAACUGCUUCCGAGACACUAACUCUCGAGCAGCAAAUUUUCAUGAAAGAAAUAAUCACUGUGUGCAUGGGCCAAGAUGAUAAGAAAAGACAUGAAGCUCUACACACGCUAGAAACGGACUCGGGACUCCAGGUGCGCUUUUUAAUUCAAUUACUGUUGAAAAAAAAAGUUUCGACAUUAGAAUCGGAGUUGGCAGCGAGCCAAGGACACGCCCCCAGACAGUUUCUACUGCAACUGCCGCAUUCUAUUUGGGGGGAGUGUCCUUGGCUCGCUGCCAACUCCGAUUUGAAUGUCGAAACUUUUUUUUUGGGAGCACCCCGAAAUUGAACUGACCCGAAAUGGAACUGUACCGAAAUGGAAUUGGCAGGAAAUAGAACAUGCCCGAAAUCGUAGUUGGCAUGGGCCGGGCCGUAUCUCAAAAUUUUCACAGCCCGGCCCGGCCCGGACGGCUCGGGGUAGGAAAGUUAUGUAUGAUUUAAGUGUUUUUCAUCUCAAUUGGUCAUAUUGAUGUCAAAAAUGACACAAAUAGGCCAUUUUCUGCCUCCUGACAACGGCCCGGCCCAUGCCAACUAUGAUUUCGGGCAUGUUCCAUUUCGGGCCAAUUCCAUUUCGGUACAGUUCUAUUUCGGGGUGCUCCCUUUUUUCAACAGUAGAACUCAUUCAAAUCGUGAAAUUAGGUUGAAUAAUAAGAUGAAUGGAAAAUUUGAUCAGAUUUCAUAAUAGAUGCUGAUAUAAUUGUGAUUUUUCGAAAGUUCACGUGUUAAUUUUCAAUUUAUGGACGCGAUUAGAGAUAGAUUGAUUUAACAUUUUGGUGGAGUUUCAAAUAAAACACCGGAUAAUGUAAGGAUGACGCCGGAGAGAAACCCCUGUCGAGGAACGUGCGCGACACGUUCCGAGGAACGUGUAAGACCGCGCGACAUCAUGCAAAACUGAACAACACUGAUCCAAAAAAUAUGACUAUCGCAGGAAGCUAUAUGUAUGACUUUUAAGGUACUUCUACCACAUUUGACUCAGCGAGUAUGUAAGUCGAUCUCCGCGAAUAUUUCUCAGAGAUGUCUUUCUCUCAUCAUCUAUGCGGGUAGAGUACUCCGGUCAAUCAGUCACAAUAAGGCUUGUGAUAUGACAGUGACGGUAUUAUUCUGUAUUAUCAUGCGAAUGAGCUCGUUGUUCACGUUUUCAGCUCCAUGAUGUGUUGCCCGCGUUGCUAAGCUGCUGUGUAGGACGGAAUAUAUGCAUGAAACCGGAAACUGAUAAUCAUUGGGCACUACGAGACUUUUCGGCAAAAACAUUGGUGGGAAUAAUUAGGUAGGAAGCAUUUGUUUCCAUCUCACGUUUUUCAAUCUUCCAGGGAGCAAGUCGAUAAAAAAGAUGGAAGCUAUACUUGUCGGAGAUUGUUUAAUUUUACAUUCAAAGUUUUGAAAAAUGCGGCGUCAUCAUUGUCCAUGAUAUACGGUACUAUUUAUAUCCUUCAAGAGUUUGUUGAAGCAGAGAAAGUGCAAUGGCUUUUAAAUGAAUUUUCGGAAGUUCGUAAUCGAUGCAAAUCGCAACUGGAGUCGAAUAGGCACGGUUCACAAAACCAAGACGCCGCCAAACUGAAUCAUCUCAUACUAGUCAGUUUAUGAUGAUGAAACAUUUUGGUAUGAAGCGAACCUACAAUUUUCAGAAGUGCGAAAGCAUUCUCAGGAAUCGAAUUAGCAGCACUUAUAGAAUAUGA